AUGUCUUCUAUGCGAAAUGCCGUCCAGCGACGUGUGCAUCGCGAGCGAGCGCAACCAGCUGCACGCGAGAAAUGGGGUAUUCUGGAAAAACACAAGGACUACUCGCUCCGAGCCAAGGAUUAUAAUAUCAAAAAGGCGCAGCUGCAGCGUCUAAGAGAAAAGGCUCGCGACCGUAAUCCUGACGAAUUCGCCUACGGGAUGAUGUCAGAGCGCUCCAAGACGCAUGGGAAACACGGGGCGAGAGAAUCAAAGUCACUUAACCAUGCAACAGUGAGCCUAUUAAAGACUCAGGAUGCUGGAUAUCUGCGAGUAGUCGGAGAACGAGUUCGCAGACAACUUGUCCAAACCGAGCAGGAGGUUAACCUUCAAAAAGGGAUCGAAGAAGCAGAGAGUUUGGGAGGAAAGAAGACGAUAUUUGUGGACUCUGUGGAGGAGCAGCAAGAGAAGGCAUAUAGAGAUGAAGAGGACGACAGUGAGGACGACAGCGUCAACGGAGAGUUGGAUUCUGGAAGCGCUGGCAAACAAAAACAAGCCACCGGGACAAUAUCGAAAAAGCAGCUUGAAGCAGAGAAACAAGCAAGAAAGGAGAUUUUCAAAGCCCGACGGCUAAAAGAAAAAGCUGCUGAAUCUCGGCUAAAGAAACUUGAGACCUUGAAGCAGCAACAUGCAGACAUUUCUGCUGCUGAAGAAGAACUAGCACUGCAGAGGGCCAAGAUGGCUAGGUCUGUGGGAGGCUCGAAUAAACAGGGCAUCAAAUGGAAGGUUAGAGAGAGGAAAAAGUGA